CACACUGCCUCUUUACAGACCUCCGGACCUUCACAAGUCCACUAACAUCAACAGGACUAAAACAUCAACUGGAUACUUUUUUUACACUUUGUUUUUCUUGUAAAACUUCUCCACCUGCAUUGAAGUGUCAGACUUGUUUACUCUGUAUUCUGCAUUUUUACUGGGUUUUUUGCAAACCUCUGGAGGAAUUUCCAGGUGUAUUAAUGGCGUAGGUGGUCCUACAACCAUCCAAUUAUGGCGCUGAGGUGGUGCGCCAUGAUCUUCUCCAGGCUGGCGACGGUGUGGUUUUCCCUGCUCUUCUCAUCACUGCCGUGGCAAAUGAUCACUCCGGUCUACACCCUUCCUCCUUGCCCAAGGAGCUGUAGCUGCCCUGGUGCUAAAGAGGUGCACUGUACAUUUAGGCACCUCACCGCCAUCCCAAAAACCUUUCCGAAAGACACGCAGAGGCUCAAUCUGGGUUACAACAGCCUGAUGGAGGUGGACGGGUCAGAAUUCAGGUCACUACAGCAACUGGAAAUGCUCAUGUUGCAUGGCAAUGACAUUAGUACAGUUCACCCUGGGGCCUUUUAUAGCCUGAGAUCACUACAGAUUUUGAAGCUAAGUUACAACAAGCUAACAUUGGUGAACCCUGGUCUAUUUGAGGGCCUAGUUGGAUUGAUUCGUCUCCAUCUUGACCACAACCUAAUCAGCUUUAUAGAACCAUACUCCUUCUCCCGACUUACCUCCCUGAAGCUACUGCAGUUGGAGGGCAAUGUUCUCAAAGAGAUCCACCCUCACACAUUCAUAACAGUAUCUCUACUAGGAAGCUUCUGGACUUCUGGACUCAGACACUUACACCUGUCAGACAAUCUCCUGGAGCAGCUCCCUGCUGCAGCACUGAAAACAGCUCCCCGGCUGGAGCUCUUGACACUGCAUGGUAAUCCAUGGAUCUGUGACUGUCAGCUCCACUGGCUGGUAGAGUGGAGUUCCUCACAUGAAGGUGUAAUAAAGUGUAAGAAGGAACGUGACCCAGGCUCCAGUGAGACUUGCCCUCAGUGUUUCUCUCCUCAAUCCCUAAAUGGGACAAGCUUGCUAGGUUUGUCCUCAGACAAACUAAUUUGUGAACGGCCAGUUCUCAGAUCCCCCCUCAAACAGUGGGACAGUCCAGUGUGGGUUGAAUCUGAAGCAGAGCCUGACAUUCCGUACACCCGUGACUUUGAGAAACCUUUAGGCCAGCUGAGCUUUGUUCUCUCUGACAGCCAUUCAAACAAUGCUCAUGUGGCAUGUGAUGUGCGUCAGCCUGGAGAGAAUUCUCCAAUAUCUUGGACAGGAAAUCCUCAGUCUCCUGGCGAUAUAUCUGUCAAUGUCUCAUUGGUGACUGUCCUAGAAUGUGAGAUUGACAGAGAAACAUUGCAAAAUCUGUGGCAACUGGUUGCAUAUUAUUAUGAAAGCCCUGCUAUCUUAGAGAGAGGUCAGCAAAGAGGUAAUGCAAGCAGAGUGACCUACCAAUAUGCCCAAGUUGUAAAUGACAAUUCGCCAUAUUUUACAGACUUAAAAGGUUAUUUGGUAGCUGCACCUUCAUGGCUGUUGCAACCCAAAGUCACUCUCAGGCUCAACAGACAGCAGACAACAACAAAGAAAUUGGUUAUGGAUUUCACGACUGUCAUCACCAUGCAUAUCAGCUAUCAAAGGCAGGAGGAUGAUGACAAAUUGUCCUGGGCUCUGAUUCGAAGAGGAACCCCAGGGCGGAUUCAGAUGGCUCUUGAAGGUUCCAAAGUUUGCCUUGAAUGCAGUGUUAUCGCUUCCGAUCCUGAUGUUAAAGUAGAGUGGAUACUUCCAGAUAUGUCAAUUUUGGAGGGUAGGACUGACAAAAUACAAGUUUCUGACAUUGGUGAGCUUAUUAUUUUGAAUGCUACAUUGUCUGACUCAGGCUUGUACCAUUGCAUGGUCAGAAGCAAAACAGGUAUGGACUUGAUGCCUUUUCGACUUGUCAUCAAAGAACACUUGCUCAGUCCAACUGCUUUUAAUGGUGAGAAAAUUAUACUUGAGAGGGGACGAUCUCUUUCUCUCCCUUGUGAGGUAAUCUCUACUCAGCCUAGUCAAAUGAUGUGGUACUUACCCAAAAAUCAGAUUUUUCUCCCUACACAAAAGGCAAGACGGGCAGAAGUGAUGGAAAAUGGAACUUUGGUUAUAAGGAAGGUGACACAAGAAGAUGCCGGAGAAUAUAGCUGUUUGACUGCAAAUUUGUAUGGAGUAGACAUGAUAUCACACAUUGUGGAAGUUAAAGUAGAGACAGAAAAAUCCCAAGAAGAAUCAAGGAAAGAGCAGCACAAUUUACCUGUUACUCUGGAGGAAGGGGAGGGUUCAGGUGGAGACUACCAAGAAAUCAUGCGCCCUUUUGCAACACAGUUCCCUAAAAAGGUUGGAUCACAACAAAGGAAUUCAAAUGGGUUGUCCAAAAGAAUAAGAUUCAAAGAUUCAAAAAGGAAACCUAAUAAAUCUGUCAAGGAAUUAGAUCCAAGUCGCUGGGCAGAGAUAUUGGCAAAAGCUAAUUCUAAGUCAAAUGCUCCUUUGCCCACAGAGCAGUCACUACCAGAGCCCAGCACUGAAAUGGUAAUCACUGAACUCCACAAAACUAAAUCCAAACUUACAACUACACCUCUUGCUACUACUAAUGUUGAUAUUUUGCCCCAAACAACAAUUCAUAAUGUAAAUAUAGAUCCACCAGUUUUACAUCCUCCCCCUGCGAGAACCACAGAAACCUCCAUCAGUAAUGCUGAUAGAAUUUCUGAAAAAAUAACUGUCACAGACACUCCAGCUGUUGUAACACCUCACCAAGUAGAAGUGUCAGAAAAUCAGCACCAUGGAGAAGGAAGAACAAACUCCAACUUAUCUCCAAGCAGGAGACGUCUACCUUAUAGACGCAGAAAACCACCAAUGCGGAGAAUCCAUCCACACCAUUCAUCAAAUGUGCCGAACAACACUGUUCACCAAACAAGAACUACCACACAAACUACAACAACUACAUGUACUACUGCUAUUACUACAACAACAACCCCUCGCCCAACCACAAUAUCCAGCGCUGAGUAUCAGCCAGAGGAAGAUGAAGGUGACUAUUACAAAGAAUAUGAUGAUAAAGGCAGAGUGGAUACAAAUGAAGAUUUAACCAGUGAAACUGCUAUUACUACUACUGCUACUACUUCGCAAGAUCAUGACAGUAGUUUACUCUUGCCAGCCAAAAAUGAAGAUCCUCAUCUAGGUAGUUCUUUAGAUAAAUAUUAUUUACCUGAUUCCAAGACCAUUAUCAAUCCAGAACCACAAAGCAUCUCUCAUCCAACAGAGAGUGCUAUUGAGGUAAAGGAGAAGGCUGGAAAGCUAACUGAAUCAGACCAUCAAGAAAAUGUACAUUUUAGAGGAGAGGAAAGACACAAGGGACAUCUUCCAGAAGAAAGGGAGAGGGAAGUUGUAACAGGAGAAGAGGAAAAAACAAAACACAAAAUAGACACCAAAGGCAGUGAUAACGAGGGAGAAAAUUCUACGAAGGUCAUACCAAGCUACAAUACUCAUGAUAGCACUGAGUUAACAAUCCAAAACAGACCCGGACCUCACACCCAACCAAACACAUCAACCCAAGCAAGAACUUCAUCUUUCAAUGUCAUCCCAUCAACUAGAGGCAAGCUAAAUGAGGAUGUGCUACCAAAAGUUGAAAUGGAAAUGGAAAAACCCAGUGCAAAGCCUGAGAUGCCUAAUUUCCCCAUAAUGGAACCAAUUCACCCCUGGCUCCAUCACCACAAUCAGGGAAGAGGGCAAACUAGCACUUCCACAAUCAAAAAUCAAGAUAGAGGUGGAGGAAAACAGGAUGAAGUGAAGCCAGGCAGACAGCCCAAGCCCCCUUACAUAUCCCCAACCACACACUGGUCUUCACAACAUCACCUUCAUCAUUCCUACCCUCUCUACCCUUCUUGGCCAAGUCAGAGGUCUUUUCUUCAUCCAAGGCAAGGUCCCGGGUUACACCCUGUGCCCACACAUCGGCCAUGGCCUUUCCACCACCCAUGGGUUCAAGGCCCAAUUGUCACCAAUCGACCAGAGAUCACAGCUGAAACAGUUAAACCCACACCCACAGUUGCUGGUUCAACAGGAAGCUCCAGGUUCACGCUCUCCAAUCCCCACCUGUCAUCUCAUUAUCAUCAAAAUCAUCAUGUCGAUGGCAGGGGCCAAUCAAGAGAUCAUUUGUUUCUAUCAAGACUGAGGAACAGAUACAGACAGGCACAGCUUGAUCGUAUUGCUCAGCUACGGAAGUUGGUGACGCCUAAACCUCGCACCAAUAACUACAAUAUUCCAAUCACACCUAAGCACAUGCCACUGUCCCCACACAGACCCUAUACACCCAAACCACCAUCACCCACUGUUUUUUACACCUACACUCUACAACCUUCAAACCAUGCAAAAUCAUCAUCAUUUCCUGGUUUCAUCCCAACCCCACGCCCUCAAUACCAGACCACCCCAGGGAUGCUGUAUGGAGGUCGCUGGCCAGUUGGAGGACGAAUCAGCUCUCGGCACCCCACAGCUGCACCACCCUUCCCAAGAGUGUUGGCAGGUGAAGGUGGUGGCGUUAAACCCCGAAUCAUCACAGUAACCACAGCUAGAGUGUCUGUGCUGGCAGAGAGUGACAUGUUUCUACCUUGCAAAGCGACAGGGAAUCCUGAACCCCACAUUGCUUGGACAAAGGUCUCCACAGGUGCCACUAUUCCAGCCAAUACCAAACAUGGUCACCGUUUUGAAGUCUUCAGAAAUGGAACUUUUGUUAUUAAAAAUAUCCAGCUUCAGGACAGGGGCCAGUACCUCUGCACAGCCCAGAACAGGUUUGGAUCAGAUCGUAUGGUCAUCACCUUAGCUGUCCAGACUCAGGUACCACAAAUCCAACCUCCAAAGUCUACAGAUAUAGCUGUCUAUAUGGGGAAAAGUGUGACUUUGGAUUGUUUUGCCUCUGGAAAGCCAACAGCCCAAAUUUCCUGGAUUCUUCCAGACAGGACAUUUGUUCGAGAUGUUGGGGCUGUUCACACUUUCCUCUCUCCAGUGCACCUCUUCCAGAAUGGAACCUUGCAAAUUCAUUCUGCCAAUUUCUCCAGCAAAGGAUACUAUAAAUGCAUUGCAAGCAAUGCAGCAGGUGCUGAUACAAUUACAUAUCAGCUACAUGUGGCCGCUUUGCCUCCAAGCAUCAGUGAAAGAGCAAUGGAUACUGUAGUCAUUCAACCAGGCAGGAGUGUGCAUGUUCACUGCUCUGUGAAGGGUGAACCACCACCGCUCAUAAAAUGGACGCUCCCAGCAGGUGUCUAUGUGAAGCCAUCACAGUUUCUGGAACGCAGGCUGUUUGUUUUCCCCAAUGGGACACUGUAUGUGAAGAAUGUUUCACCAUCUGAUACUGGGAGGUAUGAAUGUUUGGCGACAAACCCUGUGGGUAUUGCCAAAAAAACUAUCCAGUUGGAGGUGAGGGAAGAUUCCGUUUCUUCCCCCCACCAGCCGCCUCCUCACCUUCCCAUCCCAUCAACCCAUCACCAUUCAGUACCAUCUCAGCAGCACUCUGUCACAGCUAUGUACGGUUCUGCUGUGUACCUUCACUGUCCAGAGUCUACAGGUUCUACAAGAGGAACCAUCUGGCAACUCCCCUCCAAGACCAUCCUGGAGCAUCGAUAUAGUCCAGAGAGACCAAUUAAAGUUUUCCGUAAUGGGACUCUAAGGAUACUACAACUAACAGAACUGGAUGGUGGAAAUUAUUUUUGCAUUUUUCAGCGGCCCAAUGGGGAAGACAUGGAGCUCUUCCAGGUAGAGGUUUUGAUGACCCCUCCAAGGAUUGAGCACGUAAGGACUGCACAGAUAAGAGUCCCCUUUGGAGAAAAUUUCCAGGUGGACUGUGUUGCAACAGGCCUUCCUGACCCAGAAGUUUCUUGGAGUCUCCCAGAUGGAACUUUAAUCAGCAAUGCUCUCCAGUCAGAUGACAGUGGUCUUCGAAAUCACCGCUACAUUAUUUUUGGCAAUGGAACUUUAAUUCUCCAGCAAAUGGGGAAAAAAGAUGAGGGUGACUAUACUUGUUAUGCUAAAAACAAGCUGGGAAAGGAUGAAAGAAAAGUAAGCGUUAAAGUGGGACCAAAUGCUCCACAAAUUACAUCAAAAUCACAAUUAUUGGUAACUGUUAAGUUGGGAGACUCAGCGAGACUCAGCUGUCAAGCAACAGGUGAACCAACACCAAGAAUCAUGUGGAUCUCACCACGAAAUAAUGCAAUACCGGUGCUGUCAGACAGAUUUCAGAUAAUGGAUAAUGGGACAUUAGUAAUCAAGAAAAUAACUCUUACUGAUGAAGGGAAAUAUGUAUGUGUGGCACAAAAUUCUGCUGGUGAUGAUGUUAAAAAUAUGAAACUUGAGGUUGAAUCCCAGGAACCCUUUAUCAAUGGCAUUAAAGGGAAGAGUACCACAAAGGUUGUGGCUGUUUCCUAUCAAACAGCGCUUCUGGAUUGCAGAGUGAGAGGAAAACCUGAACCAAGAGUGAGGUGGGUUAACCCUUAUGGUCAGUCAUUCCCAAUACCCUACCUAGGAGGUCGAUUUCAAGUCCAUCGAAAUGGGAGCUUAGAGCUAAGGGGGGUCAGAAAAACAGAUGAAGGACAGUACACAUGCUUGGCUAAAAACCACCUAGGUGAAGCCUCACUUGUGGUUGAUGUAGAUGUGGCAUCAUUAGCGGAAAAACCAAGCUUUGCAGUACCAAAUAUUGAAAUCUUACCAAUCAAACAAGACAAUGGGGAACUGAUCUUAGAGUGCCCAGCUCGUGGCAAGCCAAACCCAGAUUUUGCAUGGUUGCUACCCAAUGGGACAAUGUUAUUGCCAGGUGUUAAACUACAAAGGUUCAACCAUCAUCUGGGUAAUGGAACGCUACGAAUCUCCCAACCUGCUGCAGGUGAUAAGGGAGUCUACCGGUGUUUAGCCAAAAAUGUAGCAGGACAAGCAGAGAAACGAUAUGCCCUGGAGACAGGGAGGAAGCCAGUGAUCAGAGGAUCUUCAGGUGAAAUGAAGGUCACCUAUGGCAACAAUCUAUACUUACCGUGCACUGUGGAUGGCUGGCCCCAGGCAUCAAUCACCUGGACCCUACCAAAUGGCUUAGUUUUAGACAAGGCUCAAACCAUUGGCCGGAUAACCUUCUACACCAAUGGGACCCUCCAUCUCAGACAGGUUGCCACCUUUGACAAAGGAAGAUAUAUCUGCAAAGGCUACAACUCUUUUGGCACAGCAACACUAUUGUACCAUGUCGUAGUGAUGGUAUACCCACCCCACAUCACAAGCACACUGACUUCCAUCACCAGAGUCAACCGAGGAUCUCCAGUGAUAUUAAAUUGUGUUGCAACUGGUAUUCCAAAGCCUGAUAUUUCUUGGACAUUACCUGGACGUACAACACUGGUUCCACAUAAUCGUUUCACAGUACAGGGUGGAAUUCACAUGUCUGAGGAGGGGAGUCUGGUUAUACAGAAUCCUGUUCUCAUGAACUCUGGCAUUUACAAAUGCAAUGCUAAAAAUGCUCUUGGAACAGACUUCAGAUCUACAUACCUACAAGUGGUUUAAGUUGCAUUUGACUAGACAAAUGACGUGGUUUUACCAUCAGAAUUUUAAUAUACUGCAUGAAUGCUACUAAAAGGACAUCAUGGUGAUAAAAUCAAAAAUGGCUAACCACAGGCAGCAUGAGAUGACUUACAAAGCAAUUCACACCGAAGGGUUAAGGCUCUUAC